CGGCAGAGGAGACUCGGGGGCCAUUUUGUGAAGAGACGAAGAUUGAGCGGUUGUGGCCGCGUUGCCGACCCCCAGCAGCAGUCGGCUUCUCUACGCAGAACCCGGGAGUAGGAGACUCAGAAUCGAAUCUCUUCUCCCUCCCCUUCUUGGGCAGCAAGGCGAACCCCAUCCCUACUCACUGGAGCUCAGCUUUGAUUUUUAACCUCCCUUCCCCACCCUUCCAGAACACACACAUUCCAUUCCAAAACUGAUUUUAUAAAGACAUUUUAAACAUAAUGAUGCAACUUGGUGUGCACUACGGCAAAUGUACAGGUGUUUUUUUUUUAAUUGUUUCCAAAACCGGGACCUGGAUUUAAGAUUGAGAUUUUUUUGAUCUUCAGCUACACUGCAGCAACAUGGAUGCCCAGCCUGGAGCAGCAGCCGCCAGGAUGACCUGGAGCCAGGGGGGCCUUCGGAACAGAUGCACACCCUUCCUGGGUGAUGUAGAGACGGGGUUUCAUCUUGGCGAGGCUGGUCUUGAACUCCUGACCUUGUGAUCAGCUCACCUCGGCCUCCCAAAGUGUUGGAAUUACUGGCGUGAGCCACUGUGCCUGGCCGACGGGAUCCUUUUAAGAGAGGUAGUGUACUGAAAUGAAUCUUAAGGCCAGAGAAUAAAAGUUUGAUUGCCAUACAUGCCAAGGAAUUUAUAUUUUAUCCAGAAACCAAUGUUGAGCCAUUUUAGAAAUAUUCUAAACUGGAAAGUGACAUCAGAUUUUCGUUUUAUUUUUAUUUUUUGAGACAGGAUCUUGUUCUGUCACCCAGGCUGGACUGCAGUGACAUUAACAAGGCUCACUGCAGCCUUGACCCCCUGGGUUCAAGCUAUCCUCUGGCCUCAGCCUCCUGUAUAGCUGGGAUUACAGACAUGCACCACAACACCUGACUAUUUUUUAUUGUUUUUUUUUUUUUUUGGUGGAGAGAGGUCUCAUUUUGUUUCCCAGGCUGGUCUCAAAAACUCCUGGAAGAUUUUAAUUUUUAGGAAUGUCUUUCUAAUAACAGUAUGGAAAUGGUGUAGAGGAAAUGAGAUUGGAAGUAGGAGAUUAAUAAGGGAGAUAUUAGAAUCCAAGGAAGAAUAACGACCUGGCUUGGACAAAGGUAAUGCUAAUGAGAUCAGAGAUUAGGAGUUAAAAUUAGGAGCAUCUCAGGAUGGAUGUGGUAAGGUGGACAAGAACACAGAUUUGGCGUGAUUGCUGGUUUCUAGCUUCUGGGAUAGGGAUAGAUAUUGGGGAAUGAAUGAAGGGAGCAGAUUAUAGUUUGAGGGUGGGAAAAAGAAUAUUUUAAACAUCUUGGAGGUGUUCAAGGAACAUUCAAGUAUAAGAUGUUUUAUUAAGUAUCUGAGUACUCAUUUUGAAAAUCAUUAUUAGGUUUGGGCAUAUAGGGAUGAACAAAACAUGUCCCCUGCCCUCUUAGAUAUUAUAGAUCAUUGAGGGAAGAAACAAAGGAAAUGGCACUUUUCACAGUAAGGAUUGAUGAAGGAAAAGAACAGCGUGGAUGAGAAGAUGGCAAGGGAACCAAAAUUAGAACAUGGAAUUUGGGGGAUGCUGCCAGCGGAAGCUUAGCUACGUGGAAGUAGCUAAUGAAUGGUCAAUCUCAUUCUGUAAGAAAACCAUAUGUGAAAGCACAGAUAAUGAGGGGGAACAAGACUUGGCCUCCAAGUAAGAAAUAAUACUGGAAAAUAAUUACCAAGAAUACAUAGAUGAGGGAUGGAGUUAGAGAGGUAGGCAAGGACCAAACAUUCAUAGCACGGGACCUUAGAGGGUCUUGUUUAAGAUCCUGUCUUGGGCACAAGUAGAAUCUAUUGAAGGAUUUUGAAGAAGAGGUCUGGUUUAUCUUCUGUUGCGUAGGGAAUAUUAGUGAUGAGAACUAAGAGGGCAAGUAGGGCAGUAAGUUUGGAGACCUAUUAGAGUAGGCCAUUGUCUCAAUCUCUUGAAGAAAAUAAUCAUCCCAGGCCUAACAAUAACUUGCCCUGGUUUUUCAAAUGAGUUUUUAUUGGGUGUAUUAAUGAGCAAAAUCAGUCUGAGUAAGAUAGGUUGAGAACUGAUGAGGCUCCAGGAAAUUACUAAUUAUUUCUGAUACCUUGUUGGGUCAUAUAAUGGCUUUCUGAUUUGGCAGAAAAAGUAGCAGGACAUUAAUUUCUCUUAUGGAAGUAUUCUAAACACUUGACUAUGUCCACCACUGUUAAAGUUGUGAGUUUGUGUUAACUUACUUAAUCAUCAUCAAAACCUCGAGUAGGAGUAGAUACUGUUAUUCAUGUUUUAGAGGUGAGAAUAUUGGAGUACAGAAUUUAAAUAACUUGCCUAAAGUUAAACUGCUUUAGUGGUUUAGCAUGGAUUCAACCCUGGGAUUAAGGGUGCAGAUUUCAACACUUAAUGAUAGUAGACUGCUUUCGUCACUUUGAUAUGUUGAACUUUUUAAUUUUUUGAGACAGAGUCUCGCUCUGUCACCAGGCUGGAGUGCAGUGGCAUGAUCUCUGGUUCACUGCAACCUCUGCCUCCUGGGUUCAAGCGAUUCUUGUGCCUCCGCCUCCUGAGUAGCUGGGAUUGCAGGCAUGCACCACCACACCCAGCUAAUUUUUAUAUUUUAGUAGAGAUGGGGUUUCACCAUGUUGGCCAGGCUGGUCUAGAAAUCCUGACCUCGUGAUCCGCCCACCUCGGUUUCCCAAAGUGCUGGGAUUACAGGCGUGAGCCACUGUGUCCGGCUGAGCAUUCUAGAAAAACAAAUUUUAGUUUGGUUAAAGUUCCAAAGAAGAACUUUGGACUUUUAUUGUUAAAAUUUUAAAACUAAAUAUGUUUAUAUUUUUGCCCUUGAAUUCGCAACACCUUAAAUGGCUUAAAGAUGUGUAUAUGUGCAAGGUAGUAAAUUGUUUAGGUAGACGUAUCUUGGUAAAAUGUUACCAUGGUUGUGAUGGCAUUGUUAAUAGAGAAGCAAGCACAUUUUAAAAGUGAGCUUUAGGCCAGAUGCAGCAGUUUAUGCCUAUAAUCCCAGCACUUUGGGAGGCUGAAGUUGGAGGAUAGCUUAAGGCCAGGAAAGUCUGGCAACAUAGCAAGAGCCUGUCUACAAAAAGCUGGGCGUGGUGGCACACAGCUGUAGUGUAGCUCCCUGGGAGGCUGAGGCGGUAGAAUUAAUUGAGUUCAGGAGUUUGAGGUCAGAGUGAGUUAUGAUUGCGCCACUGUACUCCAGCCUGGGUGACAAGAGUGAGACCCUAUCUCUUAAAGUAAAAAAACAAAAGUGAGCUAUCUUUUUUUUUUUUAAGACUUAAAAAACAGAAGUGAACUUCAGUUGGAAAAAAAUUAUUUAUGGUUAAAAAAAAAAACCACGGAGACGGAUGCAUUAACUAAGCCCAGGGGUCCUUUUUCAAUCCUCAUCUCACUUGACCUGUUGGUUCCAUUUAACCAGAGCUCUUCCUUGAAACGUUUUUAUUUUUUUUUUACUUUGCUUUCAGGUUUUUGUUACAUGUUUCUGUUACAUGUUAAACUUCUUUCUGUUGGUGUGCCCCAUGGUUCAGUCCUUCCACUUCUCUUUUCUGUCCACACUCUGGGUCCAAUUUCAUUCAGAUUCAUUCAUGAUGUAAUAUACCACCUAUAAGCUGAUUUCGACACUUAAGAUCAACAGCCUAUACUUUUCUUUCGAAUGUCAUACCAAUUCAGUUUACCUGCAUGACAACUCUGUUGAAUAUCCAAUAUGUCAACUUAAAAGUGCAAAACUGUGCUCCUGAUGUUCAUGCCUCAAACCAGUCUCUUGUGUACUGUUGCCUUUUUCAGUUGAUGAAACAAUUUUUGUGUCUCUUGGGCCAAAGAUUUUGGCUAGCCAUCCUUGACUUUUAUUCUUCUCACCUUUAGCCUAUUAGAAAAUCAUGUUGGCCAGGUAUGGUAGCUCAGGCCUGUAAUCCCAGCACUUUGGGAGGCUGAGGGAGGCCCAUCGCUUGAGCUCAGGAGUUUGAGACCGGCCUGGGCAACAUGGUGAAACCCUGUCUCUUCAAAAAUAUACAAAAAUUAGCCGGGAGUGGUGGCAAGUGUCUGUAGUCCCAGCUGCUUGAGAGACAGGCAUGAGAAUCGCUUGAGCCCAGGAAGCAGAGGUUGCAGUGAGCCAAGAUCGUACCCGCACCAUUGCACUCCAGCCCGCGUGAUAGAGCAAGACCCUAUCACAAAAAAAAAAAGAAAAGAAAAAAUCAUGCUGUCAGCUCUUCAAAAUAUACCACUACUCAUAUUGUCGACACUUGGUCCAAUUUCAAGCCACCCUUGUCUCCUGUGCAUUAUUAUAUAUAAUAGGUUUGUAUUUCUUUUGUCCCUCCCCACUAGUUUUGUUCUUAAAAGUGAUAGCUAGAUUUAUCCUAAAAUGUAUUGUUUGAAGGAAUUUUUUUUUUUUUGGGAGAUGGAGUUUCGCUCCCUUUGCCCAGGCUGGAGUGCAGUGGUGCGAGCUUGGCUCACCGCAACCUCCGCCUCCCGGGUUCAAACGAUUCUCCUGCCUCGGCCUUCCAAGUAGCUGAGAUUACAGGCACCAGCCACCACGCCCAGCUAUUUUUUUUUUAUUUUUAGUAGAGACAGGGUUGCACCAUGUUGGCCAGGAUAGUCUCGAUUUCUUGACCUUGUGAUCCGCCCGCCUCCGCCUCCCCAAAGUGCUGGGAUUACAGGCGUGAUCCAACACGCCUGGCCAUUGAAAAAUGUUUUGCCUGAAAACAAACAACCUAAUGGCUGCCUUUUUCAGCAUUGAAGUCAAAAUUUUUCUGUGAUUUACAGGGCAUCCCACGUGAUUUGUUGUGUCCCUUCCCUUGCUGUUAACUGUGCUUCAGCCACACUGGCCUUCUUGACUGUAUUGAACACAUUGGAUAUGUUUCCACUUUAGGGCUUUUCCUUGGAAUUUUCUCUGACUCAUACAGUUUGGUUCCUCAGUUCUUCUGAGAUUUUUUACUCAGAAGUUACCCCCUUAGUGAUGUGUCUUCCCUUAUUUAACGCUUUAAGCUCCCCUUCUCCUAAAUACUCUUUAGCACUUAUCACCAACGGUAGAAUUUUUUUCUAUGUAAAGACAUAAGAGAUAUGUCCAGAAAUACAUAUGCCAAACAAUUAACAUUGAUUGCCUCUGGGCAAGAAGUGGGAUUUAGGAGAUUUGAAACUUGUGUACUAUGUGCUUAAGACUGAGUAUUAUAAUCAUUGUGGUAGUAUUUUCCUUCUAAUUAAAAAGCUUAAAAAUGUACAUCAACUCUUGUGAUUCUGUGUGGGCAUAAAUAGCAUAGCUAGUCUGUGUAAUAGGGGUUUAGUAAGCAGUGUUAAUGGUUGAAGAAACUGCUUUAAAAGGUUUAGCUGUGAUAAAAUGAGUCAAGUUAGCAUUUGAGCACAUAGAUUACCGUGUUGCCUGUAUCAACACUUGGGAGAGCUUGACCAUUUUAAAAAUAUGUAUUCUCUACUGAGAAAGCAUGGCUAUUUGUAUGAGGUAGAGUGAAUUAGAGAACUUUUUUUUUUUUUAUUAUUUCUACCUAAUCUGAUUCUGACUUUACCAGUCUGAAAUAUUCUUCCUGUUUUCUAAUUAUAUUGACCUAUGGCUCCUGAGUUGAUUUUAAAACUGAAAAAACUCCAGGAGUUCAUUGAACCAGAUUUAGGCUUUUCUGGCUAGUCUUGAAUAACAUUUAGGAGUAGUUUAGUAGAGUACAUUUUGAACAAAAAUUUUCCUCCAGUCCUCUAACCAAAAUAGGUAUUCUGAAGAGGAUAAACUAUUCAUAAUGCAUUGUCACUCCCUAUAUUGAUCCUUUAAAUAAAAUCUUCACAUAAGUGGGUUUUCUAGCUUCAGAGCGAGAAGAAAAGUUUUCUCGUGCUAUUACCCUUAAGUUUGUGGAAUUCAUGCUAGAGUUAUGGCUAUGCUGUUUAAAAUGGAGUUUUUUUGUUUUUUUUUUGUUGAGACUACAGUCUCGCUCUGUUGCCCAGGCUGGAGUGCAAUGGCACGAUCUUGGCUCACCGCAACCUCCGCCUCCCGGAUUCAAGUGAUUCUCCUGCCUCAGCUUCCCGAGUAGCUGGGAUUACAGGCGCCUGCCACCACGCCCCGCUAAUUUUUGUAUUUUUACAAGAGACAGGGUUUCACCAUGCUGGCCAGGCUGGUCUCGAACUCGCGACCUCAGGCAAUCCGCCCGCCUCGGCCUCCCAAAGUGCUGGGAUUACAGGCGUGAGCCACCGCACCUUGCUAAAAUGGAGUUUUAUUACUCCUUUGAAAAGGAAUACUAGUCAAGUGACUGAAGAUUGAUGUGGGUUUGUGAGAGGAGGUACCUCAUCUUUAUCUUACCUUUGAUCCCAAUAAAGUAAUACAUGCUCAUAGAACAUUUUUAGAAAAUACAACUAUCCAAAGAUAACAUUUUGGGUGUUCUUCCAGGCUUUUUGGGGCUUAUAUAAUCUUCAAAAAGCCCUGUCAUACAGCAUAUAUAUUUAAGUAAUACUUUUAAAUUUAACCUGAAUAGCUUAUGUUAGUAGAUACAGAUCUCUGAAAAAUUUGUAGUAGUUACAUAGUAUUAUAUACUCUAUAAUACUACAUGGUACAUUGUAUACUUGUACUAUAUUUUAUUUUACCAAUACACUGUUGUACUCUUCUCCAUUUUUUUCUUUUGUAAACAAAGCUUUGGACAGUCAAAACUACAGUUGUGCAUAUCUUUAUUUUCUUACAUUUAAGCCCCAGAAAUAUAAUUAUUCAAGGGUAUGCACAUUUUACUUUUUUGCUGGGGAGGUGGGGGAGGUGGGCAGAGUAUGCACUUUUUUUUUUUUUUUUUUUUGAGACGGAAUCUCACUCUAGCCCAGGCUGGAGUGCAGUGGCGUGGUCUCAACUGCAAGCUCCCUCUCCCGGGUUCAUGCCAUUCUCCUGCCUCAGCCUCCUGAGUAGCUGGGACUAUAGGCGCGUGCCACCACGCCCGGCUAAUUUUUUUAUUUUUUUUUAGUAGAGACGGGGAUUCACCAUGUUAGCCAGGAUGGUGUCGAUUUGCUGACCUCGUGAUCUGCCCUCCUUAGCCUCCCAAAGUGCUGGGAUUACAGGCCUGAGCCACCGCGCCUGGCCGCACAUUUUAAAAAGUUCUUAAGUUUGCUCUCCAGAAGCUAAUAAGUUUAGCAAUUUAUUGGCAGUGUUAGUGGCCACUAAUACUUAAUUUCUAGUUUUGUGAAUUACUUUGGAUCUUUUGCUUUAAGAUUUGACCCUGUAUUAUUCUGAAGGGUUUGCUAAGUUUUUAAGUUGAAUAGUAAAAAUGUUGAUAGAUUUGGAGUGAAACAUUGAUACAAUGUUGUCUAUAUUUCUGUGUAUAGUUUGAGAUUCACAUGUAAUUUUUGUUUUCAGGUGCAUGCACAUCUUUGGUGCUAUCUUUUUUUUUUUUUUUUUUUUGAGAUGGAGUCUAGCUCUGUCACCCAGGUUGGAGUGCAGUGGCGUGAUCUCUCUCACUGCAAGCUCCGCCUCCUGGGUUCACGCCAUUCUACUGCCUCAGCCUCUGGAGUAGCUGGGUCUACAGGCAUCCGGCUAAUUUUUUGUAUUUUUUUUUUUUUUUUUAGUAGAGAUGGGGUUUCACCAUAUCGGCCACAAUGGUCUUGAUCUCCUGACUUCGUAAUUCGCCUGCCUUGGCCUCCCAAAGUGCUGGGAUUACAGGCGUGAGCCACCGCGCCUGGCCAGUCUUUUUUUUUUUUUUUUUUUAAAGACAGAGUCUUGCUCUGUUGCCAGGCUGGAGUGCAGUGGUGCGAUCCCGGCUCACUGCAACUUCCACCUCCCAGGUUCAAGCGAUUCCCUUGCCUCAGCCUCCUGAGUAGCUGAGAUUACAGGUACGCGCCACCACGCCCGGCUAAUUUUUGUAUUUUUAGUAGAGGUGGGGUUUCACCAUGUGGGCCAGGAUGGUCUUGAUCUCUUGACCUUGUGAUCUGCUGGCCUCGGCCUCCCAAAGUGCUGGGAUUACAGGUGUGAGCAAGUGCACCUGGCUGGUGCUAUCUUUUAAUUGUGAAAAAAUUUCACAUACACAAAAGAGAAUAGUAUAAUGAACUUCCAUGUACUUGUCUCACUUUAAUAAUCCUUGGCCAGUCUUUUUGUUUGUAUCUACAUCUCCCCAUCCACCCCCUUCCCAUGUUAUUUUGAAGCAAAUUCUUGAUAUAUUUCAUCUGUAGAUAUUUCAGUGUAUUUUAAAAAGAAUUAGGACUUAACCACAAUUAUCCCACCAAAAACAUUUAAUAAAUUAACUAUUUUAAUACUAAACAUAUUUAGAGGCCUGGCAUGGUGGCUUAUGCCUGUAAUGCCAGCUCUUUGGGAGGCCAAGGUGGGUACAUCACUUCAGGCCAGGAGUUCGAGACCAGCCUGGCCAAUGUGGUGAAACCCUGUCUCUACUAAGAAUACAAAAAAAUUACCCGGGUAGGGCAGCGCAUGCGUGUAAUCCCAGCUACUUGGAAGUCUGAGGCAGAAGGAUCCCUUGAACUCAGGAGGCAGAGGUUGCAGUGAGCCAAGAUAACUGCCACUGCACUCCAGCCUGGGUGAUAUUGUGAGACUUAAAACAAAAACAACAACAACAAAAGACCAACAAGUCCAUUUAGUAUCAGAAGUACUACCCUGAGAACUGAGUAAGGCAUUCCUCAAUGCUGUUUUAUUUCUACGGGGAUAACAUGGUUGGUGGGGUCUUUUUGUUUAUUUGUUCUUUUGCUAACAUAGUCCUGUAUGGAAUUUUGGAAGUGUUGUUUACUAAAGGUAGGUUUUGAAAUUUUCUUAAGAGUGGGGGGGUCUUAUGGUUAUACUCAUUGGUGAUAAAAAUCAAACCUUUUACUAUUCUCAAAUUUAGAUAUAAUCUCCUGUUUUGGCUGUUUAAGAGAAUACUGUAAUAACUUUAAGUCAGAUAUCCUUGUUAAAAAUUAUUCUGGCCUCCCUCUCCCUCUCCCUCUCCCUCUCCCUCUCCCCACGGUCUCCCUCUCCCUCUCUUUCCACGGUCUCCCUCUGAUGCCGAGCCGAAGCUGGACGGUACUGCUGCCAUCUCAGCUCACUGCAACCUCCCUGCCUGAUUCUCCUGCCUCAGCCUGCCGAGUGCCUGCGAUUGCAGGCGCGCACCGCCACGCCUGACUGGUUUUCAUAUUUUUUUGGUGGAGACGGGGUUUCGCUGUGUUGGCCGGGCUGGUCUCCAGCUCCUAACCGCGAGUGAUCGGCCAGCCUCGGCCUCCCGAGGUGCCGGGAUUGCAGACGGAGUCUCGUUCACUCAGUGCUCAGUGGUACCCAGGCUGGAGUGCAGUGGCGUGAUCUCGGCUUGCUACAACCUCCACCUCCCAGCCGCCUGCCUUGGCCUCCCAAAGUGCCAAGAUUGCAGCCUCUGCCCGGCUGCACCCCGUCUGGGAAGUGAGGAGCGUCUCCGCCUGGCCGCCCAUCGUCUGGGAUGUGAGGAGCCCCUCUGCCUGGCUGCCCAGUCUGGAAAGUGAGGAGCGUCUCUGCCCGGCCGCCAUCCCAUCUAGGAAGCCAGGAGCGCCUCUUCCCGGCUGCCAUCACAUCUGGGAAGUGAGGAGUGUCUCUGCCCGGCCGCCCAUCAUCUGAGAUGUGGGGAGCACCUCUGCCCUGCCGCCCCGUCCAGGAUGUGAGGAGCGUCUCUGCCCGGCCGCCCCGUCUGAGAAGUGAGGAGACCCUCUGCCUGGCAACCGCCCCCUCUGAGAAGUGAGGAGCCCCUCCGCCUGGCAGCCGCCCCGUCCGAGAACUGAGGAGCCCCUCCGCCCAGCAGCCACCCCGUCUGGGAAUUUUCGGCUUUGUGAGAAACCUUACCAUCAAACACAAUGGCCAGCAACGUUACCAACAAGACAGAUCCUCGCUCCAUGAACUCCCGUGUAUUCAUUGGGAAUCUCAACACUCUUGUGGUCAAGAAAUCUGAUGUGGAGGCAAUCUUUUCGAAGUAUGGCAAAAUUGUGGGCUGCUCUGUUCAUAAGGGCUUUGCCUUCGUUCAGUAUGUUAAUGAGAGAAAUGCCCGGGCUGCUGUAGCAGGAGAGGAUGGCAGAAUGAUUGCUGGCCAGGUUUUAGAUAUUAACCUGGCUGCAGAGCCAAAAGUGAACCGAGGAAAAGCAGGUGUGAAACGAUCUGCAGCGGAGAUGUACGGGUCAGUAACAGAACACCCUUCUCCGUCCCCUCUACUCAGCUCCUCUUUUGACUUGGACUAUGACUUUCAACGGGACUAUUAUGAUAGGAUGUACAGUUACCCAGCACGUGUACCUCCUCCUCCUCCUAUUGCUCGGGCUGUAGUGCCCUCGAAACGUCAGCGUGUAUCAGGAAACACUUCACGAAGGGGCAAAAGUGGCUUCAAUUCUAAGAGUGGACAGCGGGGAUCUUCCAAGUCUGGAAAGUUGAAAGGAGAUGACCUUCAGGCCAUUAAGAAGGAGCUGACCCAGAUAAAACAAAAAGUGGAUUCUCUCCUGGAAAACCUGGAAAAAAUUGAAAAGGAACAGAGCAAACAAGCAGUAGAGAUGAAGAAUGAUAAGUCAGAAGAGGAGCAGAGCAGCAGCUCUGUGAAGAAAGAUGAGACUAAUGUGAAGAUGGAGUCUGAGGGGGGUGCAGAUGACUCUGCUGAGGAGGGGGACCUACUGGAUGAUGAUGAUAAUGAAGAUCGGGGGGAUGACCAGCUGGAGUUGAUCAAGGAUGAUGAAAAAGAGGCUGAGGAAGGAGAGGAUGACAGAGACAGCGCCAAUGGCGAGGAUGACUCUUAAGCACAUAGUGGGGUUUAGAAAUCUUAUCCCAUUAUUUCUUUACCUAGGCGCUUGUCUAAGAUCAAAUUUUUCACCAGAUCCUCUCCCCUAGUAUCUUCAGCACAUGCUCACUGUUCUCCCCAUCCUUGUCCUUCCCAUGUUCAUUAAUUCAUAUUGCCCCGCGCCUAGUCCCAUUUUCACUUCCUUUGACGCUCCUAGUAGUUUUGUUAAGUCUUACCCUGUAAUUUUUGCUUUUAAUUUUGAUACCUCUUUAUGACUUAACAAUAAAAAGGAUGUAUGGUUUUUAUCAACUGUCUCCAAAAUAAUCUCUUGUUAUGCAGGGAGUACAGUUCUUUUCAUUCAUACAUAAGUUUGGUAGUUGCUUCCCUAACUGCAAAGGCAAUCUCAUUUAGUUGAGUAGCUCUUGAAAGCAGCUUUGAGUUAGAAGUAUGUGUGUUACACCCCCACAUUAGUGUGCUGUGUGGGGCAGUUCAACACAAAUGUAACAACAGUGUAUUUUUGUGAAUGAGAGUUGGCAUGUCAAAUGCAUCCUCUAGAAAAAUAAUUAGUGUUAUAGUCUUAAGAUUUGUUUUCUAAAGUUGAUACUGUGGGUUAUUUUUGUGAACAGCCUGAUGUUUGGGACCUUUUUUCCUCAAAAUAAACAAGUCCUUAUUAAACCAGGAAUUUGGAGAAAAAAAAAA